UUUUUUAAAAAAUCAAUUUAAAAAUUAUGUUUUUCCUUAAAGCUGGGAAAGGCCUAGAUAUGCUUAUAGUUUGGGUGCUUAUUUCAUUCCCAGUUUGUCCAAUGAACUGCUAUCGAACCAGCAUCUUUGGUUUCUAGUUGCUUUGUUAGUUAUACAAGUAGAUAUGGUCCACAUCCUGCCUCUGCUCUGUUUGGUGAUGCACAGAGCAGGAAUUUUACAUGAUAGUUGACUGGACUCUGUCUGCUCUGUGGCCACAGGUAGGUCAAAACUGUAUUACAGAUUACAUACCAAAUCCUAGUAAUUCUUUUCACCUUGGAUGCUUUUUCACUACAAAAUACUUAGAAGACCCUCACUCAGUGUAAGACCCUAUGAUUCUACAUCCUAUCCUAUUUACUCUAUGGAAUUUCAUAAAGUACAAGUUAAGACAAUUGUUCAAAAGAUCCAGAUAUAAAAAUCUAUAUUACUUCAGGAAGGCAUUGUUCUUGAGGGCAUAGAAAAUAAAUUGAACUAAUUGCAAAUGUAACAAGAAAAUACUCAGGAACCAAUGGACUUGCAGAACAGCAAUGAUGUCAUAAAAGCCCAAGAAUCUAUUUUUUCAUUCUCUUGCAUGUGCGGGAUUUGUUUUAACAUAAUUGGUAUUAAGAAAAACUCUUUUAGAAAAAAAAAUACAAACUAUAUCGAGAAGAGCAGAGAGUAUUUAUUACAUAUCUCAUACAUGCUAAGUGUUUCAAUAAUGCUAUGCCCUUUAUUCAUGACAGUCAACCCUCAAAAUAGUUGUUAAUAUUUAUCCUUGUCUUAGUUUGGGUUUCACCAAAAGAAGACUGUGAGACAAGCAUUCAAAUAAAAGGGUUUUGUUUGGGAGAUGGAAUGAGCAUUGAUAAGGUGUAGGGCAGUGAGACCAAAGGAAAGCACUCACUACCGCUGGGUUAUUAAGCAACUCACUGUGGGUAACUGCAGCCUGUGUCAUAGAAUCAGAACAGAGGAAUGAUUCCACCAGAGGAGUGAGGGAUUUGAGGUGGUAUUUAUGCACCAUCUCCCUUAAGUUCAUGGUUGAAGGCUGUUCCAUGAGAUAUUGAUUUCAUAACACUAAGCAUUUCAGUCAUGUGGAUGGAAAAGCAGGCUCCAAAUUUAGAAGAAAAUUCUCAUACACUUGUAAGCAGUUGGAGGUCAGCUGUUGAAGAGAUGGGAACAUUGCUUUCUUAAUCACAUCUUGCUGAUCCAAACCAUCAUUGGAUAUUCUGUGAUUGGGUGAAAUUUUAGGUUGAGAUCACACUGUCCUUUGGAAUGGCACUUCUCUAUAUCCCCUCCAAGGGAUAAUUUUUAAGAAUUAGUUGUGAAUGUGGCCAUAAUGUUCCGUGUUAAAGCCAAAGGUUUAUAAUCAGCUAAAUUUCAUAUUUGGUAGAAGUGUAUUUCAUUUUCAUAUAAUAUGUACAUGAUCCAAAUGUGGAAGGAAAAUGAGUGGGCAGUUCUGUUCUGGGAACAAAGCAAAGACCAAAGGCAGGUAACGUGGAAGAAUCAGCCAUAGGCACAACUAAACCAAAAGUGAUUUCACAUAGAUACUAAGUCCUUAUUUUUUUUAUUCAUUUCUCUGCUUUUUCAAUGUGAUAGACACUUCAUUGCCCCCUUCUGCCUCCCCAAUCUCAACUUCUUGUGGCUUAGGUGUUCUUUGGUGGAUAACCUUGCAAAUUAAAUUUCAAAGUCUAAGCAUAUAAUGUUUGCUUACUUGAUGUAAGCAACAGAGAACUAAAUAUGAACUUUGACAAAAGUCUAUUAAUAAUUGACAAAUAAUGGAAUUGUCAGGGUGUAGAAGGCAAUACUCAAAAAAUAAACAACAAAAAGCCAGUAACAGCCGAGGUCGCAAUAAGCUAGGAAAAUGUUCUCCCGGCUGGUUUGUAUCGAUGACUAUGAACAACAUGCUAAAUCAGUGCUUCAAAAGUCUAUAUAUGACUAUUAUAGAUCUGGGGCAAAUGAUCAGGAGACCUUGGCUGAUAAUAUUACAGCAUUCUCCAGAUGGAAGCUAUAUCCAAGGAUGCUCCAGAAUGUUGCUGAAAUCGAUUUGUCAACUUCUGUUUUAGGACAGUGGGUCAGCAUGCCAAUAUGUGCUGGGGCUACUGCCAUGCAGUGCAUGGCUCAUGUGGAUGGGGAACUUGCAACUGUGAGAGCCUGUCAGACCCUGGGAACUGGCAUGAUGCUGAGUUCCUGGGCUACCUCCUCAAUUGAAGAAGUGGCCAAGGCUGGUCCUGAGGCCCUUCGCUGGCUGCAGCUGUACAUCUACAAGGACCGUGAGGUCACCAGGCAGCUGGUGAAGCGAGCAGAGCAGAUGGGCUACAAGGCCAUAUUCGUGACCGUGGACACCCCUUACCUGGGAAACCGCUUUGAUGAUGUGAGGAACAGGUUCAAGCUGCCUCCUCAACUCAGGAUGAAGAAUUUUGAAACCAAUGAUUUAGCAUUUUCUCCUACGGAAAAUUUUGGAGAUGACAGUGGACUUGCUGCAUACGUGGCGAAAGCUAUAGACCCAUCCAUCAGUUGGAAAGAUAUUGAGUGGCUGAGGGGACUGACGUCACUGCCUAUUGUUGCAAAGGGCAUCUUAAGAGGCGAUGAUGCCAGGAAGGCAGUUAAGCAUGGUCUGGAUGGGAUCUUGGUGUCCAAUCAUGGCGCUCGACAACUUGAUGGAGUGCCAGCCACCAUUGACGUUCUGCCAGAAAUUGUGGAGGCCGUGGAGGGAAAGGUGGAAGUCUUCCUGGAUGGGGGUGUAAGGAAAGGCACUGAUGUUCUGAAAGCUCUAGCCCUGGGUGCCAAGGCUGUGUUUGUGGGGAGACCCAUCAUAUGGGGCUUAGCCCUCCAGGGGGAGAAAGGUGUCCAAGAUGUCCUUGAGAUACUCAAGGAAGAAUUUCGGUUGGCCAUGGCUCUGAGUGGGUGCCAGAAUGUGAAAGUCAUUGACAAGACAUUGGUGAGGAAAAAUCCUUUGGCUGUUUCCAAGAUCUGACAGUGCACAAUAUUUUCCCAUCUGUAUUAUUUUUUUUCAGCAUGUAUUACUUGACAAAGAGACACUGUGCAGAGGGUGACCACAGUCUGUAAUUCCCUACUUCAAUACAAAGGGUGUCGUUCUUCUCUAACAAAAUAGCAAUCCCUUUUAGUUCAUUGCUUUUGACUUUUCAAUGGGUGUCAUAGGAACUUUUUAGAAGAAAUGGACUUGCAUCCUGGAAAUAUAUUAACUGUUAAAAAGAAAACAUUGAAAAUGUGUUUAGACAACGUCAUCCUCUGGCAGGUAAAAGUGCUGGAAAACAAAAGAUAUCCUUUGGUAAAACUGGAGGUAGCUAACUCAGAGGUAAAAAGAUAAUGUUCUCACUCUUUAUUAACCUGCAUUGUGUUUGGAAAUUCUAGUGCUCAGGUUUGACAUACUGGAGAUGUUUGGAGAAACAUGAGAUUUGGAAUCACAACGCAAACUAAAUAGUACUGGGAAUUGGAAUGGAUGGUGGUAAUUUGUGAUUUUUGUAGAUACUGUUACUUUCCAACACCCUGAGCUAUGCUGCUGCCUCAAAGGUAGAUUUAUUUCUAUUCCCAUUGUUAUUAUCUGAGUAGAUCUGAGUGGUUUAUGGUGUAUGUCGCUUUCUUAAUCAGAAAUAAAUAAUUCUGAAAAUAAUGUAUCUGGUUCAAUGUUAACAAUAUGGAAUUCAACCAGUUAAUCUCUGACCCAUAAUUAUCUCCCUGUUUCUCUGAUGCAUACCCAUUAAUUCUUCUAUUUCUCCUAUAUCCGUUGCUUUAGUCACUUGCUUUUUUGCUCAUUGAUAGUCACAUUUGGGAAUCACUACAUCAUUUAUAGGGUGAUUACAAGUAAAGAUGUGGAUUCCUUGCUCAGAAAGAAGAAAAAAAUAAAAACAUUUCAUUUUC